CUUCGGGCUGCUGUACAUGUUUCUAUAUUUUAUUUAUUUCGCAACUGGGUAUCACAUUCUCUCAAUCCCCUCUCUAACUGAGGAGAGUUCCUCAGUAUCGGAUUCCCACGUCGAUAUUUCCCCGGUGUGGUCUUGUCUGUAAAAAUUCAAUGGCAGAAGCGGCUGAGACGGUCACCUGGUAUCCCUCUGCUAUCUUCUCAGACGAUGCUGGAGAAUAUAAAGGGUUUGGCCUCAUUGUCCUCAACCAGCCCCUAGAGCUCCGAGCCGCGUUCUACUCCAAAGUCUGGAGGAAUGCCGUUUACCAUGUUGGAGCCGAUGGAGGAGCUAACCGCGUCCACGACCUGGCCGCACCUCAGGACCUGGCCGGGGCUCUGAGUCUCGAUACCGUCAUUGGGGACUUGGAUUCACUCCGUCCAGAGAUUCGAGAGUAUUGGCUUGAGCACGGUAGCGAGCUCAUCAGUUAUGGCGAUCAGUAUUCUACGGAUUUCACAAAAGCCGUGCGGUAUAUCAAGACCUUUGAAGUUCCCAAAGAUGCUACCUUUACCCCGUCGAGAUCUGAGGCGCGGCAAGCGGCUCUUCGGAAAGUCAAAGGAGGCCCCAAGAUUCGGGACAUUGUGUGUCUCGGGGGAUUGGGAGGGCGGGUCGACCAAGGCCUGUCCACGCUGCAUCAUCUCUUCACCUUCCAGAAAGAACCGGGGUAUACGGCAGGCAAGAUGUUCCUCUUGUCCAGCGAAGCCAUAACCUUUGUCUUGAAGGCUGGGACCCAUCGGAUCCAGGUCCGUGAUGGCUCGUCGAACCUGGGCUUGGGAAAACAUAUUGGCAUUAUCCCGCUGAAAGAGCCUUCAAUCAUCACUACGCAUGGGCUAGAAUGGGACGUCACGGACUGGUUGACGGAGUUUGGAGGUCAGGUCAGCACUAGCAACCAUGUGAGGGAAGACUGGGUUACGAUUGAGACAUCGAAAGAUGUUCUAUUCACGAUUGAUCUCGAUGUUGCGUAAGGAGAGCAAUUCAUCUCUUGUUUGAGGCGUACUGUUGGGAAGAUAGACGACUUGAUUACCUAUAUAUGACCGAAUGAAACAUCUGCAUACGCCCGUUGGAAUUACAUAGACUGUUCCACGUCACCGCGUCUCGUGGUGAUUUUUGUGAGAAGAGGGGGAAAGGAACCCGGAGGGUGGGGGACGAAGGCGCGGCGUGCAUGGGAACAGUAUUGAUAACUCUAUGAGUUCUCCUCCCAUACCAGCUCUGUGGGUAAU